AGAAUGUUAACAAAAGGGCCACAAUUUUUUUUUUCUGGGUGACUGUAGUCUUCCGGGCUCUUCAGCUUUCAGUUCCUCACUAGGAUCUUAUCUUUUCCAGCCGAACCAAAGACUUCCCCACAAGUCUCAGGACCUUACUUCUCAGAGCAGCAGUUCCUUUUGGAGUGAGGGUAUUUUCUUCUUGAAUUUGUGCUCUGUGAUAUAAAUGGAUGAUGGGGCUCGCCCGUGAUCGACGGUGUCCUUUCAACUUUGAAAUAAGUGAGCAGCAGGCCUCCAAAUCUACAGUAGCUUCCCGUUAUUCUUUUACAAAAAGACAAAAAGGAAGCCUCAUACAAAUGAGGAACAAAUAUACAGCAAGUGAAUCUCUACUUUUUCUCCGUCGAUUCAUUGCAGUGGGAAUGGGAAUAAGGUUCUUCGUCAUGCUGGCCAUGUUAAGCACCAUAUUCAUCUACUCUUCCAACCCAAAGGCUCCAAGCAACACAAAUGGAUUUUACUGUGGCCCAUGUCCUAAGAAUUGGGUUUGUUACAAAAACAUCUGCUAUCUAUUUUCUAAUGAAAGCAAAAGUUGGGAUCACAGUCGAGCUUCCUGCCUAUCUCACAAUGCCAGUCUCCUUAAGAUAUAUAGUAAGGAGGACCAGGAUUUCCUUACACUGGUAAAAUCAUACCACUGGAUGGGACUAGUACAACCUACACCCAAUGGGUUCUGGAUGUGGGAAGAUGGUUCACCUCUCUCUCCUGACCUACUUUCUUUGAUUUCAGUGCAAAAAGGAAACUGUGCAGUGUACGGCUCCAGCUUCAAAGGCUACAUAGAGAAUUGUUCAAACCCAAAUACUUACAUAUGUAUGCAGAAGCAUAACAGAUAUCCUCUUCCACUCUACAAUUCUACUUGCGGUACAUAUAGAUAGUAUCUGUCUGCCUACAAGAGAGGGAUGGAGAUACAGAGUGAACUGACCAAGAAACUUCGAUAUAGACAGAAGAUGAUAGCAAGGACAAUUCAUGAAAGAUGAACAUGAAAGCCUGAUAAGGUCCUAUAAAGUAGUAUCAAGAGCACUGAGGAUUAGAAUGAACUCACACUAGUGAGAAGAGCUAACAAUAACAAAAAGAGGUUUAUUUAGCUAUCUUGGGGAGGAAAAAAAAGGAUCAAAGAAAGAGUAGGAGUGCAGCUUGAAAUGAAUGAGACAAUAGUUAAAAACAGAAAGAAGGAAGAGUUGUUUUACUUCGUAUUUGGCUUCUGUUUGCUGUACCAAGGAGAUCUUUUCCCUGAUUCUACACUGAGGCAAAUGUUGCCAGGACUUAUUCCCAGAACUUACCACUCCCUGUUCUGUAGCCAACCAUGCAGUUGUGUGCCUGGUUUAUAUUUCUACGAUUGCCCAAGUUCUUAAUAAAAGAAGGAAGCUCUUCAAUACUCACAUUCAUUGGCUAAUCACCCCUACUCCAGCUAUGCUGGGGAAAGUUGCUAGUUGGAGUAGCUAAUUAUAGAAAUUAUGAUUGGUUUGAAGUCUAGGGUUCUCCUCAGCAAGGAAGAAAGUAAGAAAAAACAGUAUCCAAAGAAAAACAUUAAUCAGUUUUGGAAUAGAAUAUUCAAACAGAAAAGAGAAGAGGGAGGAAGAUACAAACUAUAGGCUAGUGAGUUUUGCUUUGAUCAUUUGGAAAAUUCUAGAAUGGAUCAUCAAAGAAAUUGUUAUUGAGAAUCUAGAAGGUAUUAUAAGAGUCUAGCAUAGUUCAAUUAGGAAUAGGUGAUAUCCUAAUACAUUGUUAGUGGAGCUGUGUAUUGGCACAACCAUUUUAGAAAACAAUUUAGAAUUUUCAAAUAAAGUGACUACCUUUUGAACCAGAGACUCCAUUAGUGAACUUAUACCCUAAGGUCCUCACGUACACAAAAACUUUUGUAGCAGUGCUUUUUGUGAUGUCAGAAAAUUAGAAACAAAGUAAAUAUUCAUUGAUUAGGAAAUGACUAAAAUCCUGGCAUGUGAAUAUAAUGGUAUAUUAAACUAUUAAACUAUGCAUAUUUUGAUAAUGCAAUACCACUAUUAGGUUUAUACCCCCAGUAGACCAAACAAAAAGGGAAAAUAUCCUUUAUCUAUAAAGUAUUUGUUGAAGUUCCUUUUGAGGUAGUAGAGAAUUGGAAGCUGAGGGGAUGCCCAUCAAUUAGGAAAUGACUGAACAAGUUAUGAUAUAUUACUGUGAUGGAAUACUAUUGUGCUAUAAGAAAUGAUUAAAGGGAUAGUUUCCAAAAAACCUGGGAUAUGAUGCAUAUAUGAAUGGAUGCAAAGUGAGCAGAAUUAGGAGGAAAAUUUACAUGAUAAGGUCAAUAUAAAGAGAAGCAACUGUGAAAGACUUAGUAACUCUGACCAACACAAUAGCCUACCACAGUUUAAAAGUCCCAAGAUGAAACAUGCUGUCCACUUCCAGAUGGAGAGCUGAUGGACUCAGAGUAUAGA